GCCAUGUGAUCUCUUCCAAAUCCUAUUAUUCUAUUAUUCCUCACAGUCACCAUGAGAAUGCAGAAAGUGGGUCCAGUCAAGUCCCGGCGUCCGGUGGAGCCCCGGCAUCCAUUGUGCCCCAGCCUGGCACUCUGGACACCCUCCCUGGCCACAAGAGAGCCUUCAAGAGGAAACACUGCUCCUCUCCAUUGUCAACCAGCUCCACCGAGAGCAUCUCUUAUGGGAUCCCCCAGAUAUUCAAGGCCAAGGGGGGGAAGAAGACUCUGAAGAGCACACAUGGGCAGGACAAUUUGAGGAAAGAGCCGAGCUGUUCGCAGAGCAGCCACUUGUAAGUGCUGCAUGUAAGGUGGGAGCUUUCUUUCUCCAUUCCUGUUCCGAUUGCUUUGAGGAGGCUGGGAGGAAGAGGCUGCUCUCUGGAAGCAGAGAAUGAUAGUUUAUGUUGCUCUCGCCUCGUUGACGGGGGUUUAUAGUGAGGGGGAGGGGGAAGAGCCUGCAGCCACCAACCCAACCCAACAGAGAGCUUCAUUUUGCCUUCCUGCAGGGAGAAUGGCCCCCACAGGACCAUGCAGGUGAAAAUGGAUGUUGUGGAGACGCCUCGCCAAGAAGCAUCCAACCUCCAGGCCCCAGCCUUGUGCCCCGACAGCCCGAAGUGGAUGAGUGUUUCCUUUGUCAGGAUCAACCCAAACGAGCCAUCAAAACUGACUCCCAAACUACAGGCACUUUCCGAAGCCAUGAAGGUGCGUGCCGAGGCCGAGAAAGCAGCCAGACUGCAGCAGGAGGACCACAGUGUCUGCACGGAGCAGACAAGUCAGGGAGGAGCUCCUCCUUCUUCCCCACAGCCAGGCCCAAGCUGGCCAGCGGGUCCGGAUCCAAUGCCUGUCGUAUUUGGCUCGGGAGUCCCUUUGAGCCAUGAAGAGUUGCUGCCCCCUGUGACUGAGACGGAGGUCGCCAGAUCUGGCCUUCCUCAAGGUCCGGAUCCGAUGCCUGUCGUAUUUGGCUCGGGAGUCCCUUUUAGCCAUGAAGAAUUGCUGCCCCAUGUGACUGAGACGGAGGUCUCCAGAUCCGGCCUUCCUCAAGGUCCGGAUCCGAUGCCUGUCGUAUUUGGCUCAGGAGUCCCUUUUAGCCAUGAAGAAUUGCUGCCCCCUGUGACUGAGAUGGAGGUCAGCAGAUCCGGCCUUCCUCAAGGUCCGGAUCCGAUGCCUGUCGUAUUUGGCUCAGGAGUCCCUUUGAGCCAUGAAGAAUUGCUGCCCCCUGUGACUGAGAUGGAGGUCGCCGGGCCCAGCUCCUCAUCCGUUGCUGUUCCUCAGCUUCCUUCUCCAAGCGCCGCCCCGAGCAACGGCGGAGGGGGUUUCGUAGCUAAGACCCCCAUCAAAUAUUCCUCCUCAGUGCUGCGUCCCGCCACCCUCGCCGCUCCCACUCCCAGUAAUAGGCAGGCCCAACUGACCCCCAGUAGUGGGCCCCCCCAGACAUCUGCCGGUCCCACCCAAGGGCCUGUGGAGUUGGGCAGCCCCUUUGGCUUUCCAGCCUCCGGAUCCAGCACCAGCGGGGCCUUGCAGGCCGCAUACAGCCUCCCCGGGCCCUCGGGCUCCUUUCACUUCGGGGUGGGCACCCCAACAGCUAGCGGAGGAAGGGCCUUGGGCAACUAAGCAGAUUUGGAACCACCGAUGGGUCCCUCCUGCUACCUCUGAUGAACCUGGUGGGCAGCGCUGCCCAGGCUGCCUCCUCUUUCUCUUCCUCCAGCGGCUUCAGCUUCAGCUUCAUCUUCAGCAUUCCGGGGGACUCCCAGACCCAGAUGGCAUUACAAGGUGGUGAGUCCUUGGC